CUCCUAUUCGCGAUAUGGUGUUGAUGGAAUAAGGAACUAAUGAUGUGGGUACUUGACUUUUGCCUAAGGGGUCCACGGUGUCAACAAACGUGGUGAAUAUGUGCCCUAAAUGUACCGGAUCAUGAUGCGAUCCAAGCACCAAGACCGGCAUGUGCCAGUACUGCGACAGAACCGGAAUGGAGACUAUUAUUAUCGGAGCGUUUGUGAUGUACAUUAAAUAUCCAUGCCUGGACUGCGUCUGCAACGGGCAGGUGGUUCAGCAGAAGCGGGUAACCAUCCCAGUGCCGGCCGGCGUUGAUGAUGGACAGAAGGAGCUGCCCAUUACAUUCAACGUAUGGAAGAGUCGCUACUUCCGCCGACACGAUUCCGAUGUGCUCACUGACGGGUGCAGGACGUCUACAAAGACCAGGCCACGUGUUUUUAAACGGGCCAACAGCUAUGGCACCGGUGACCAUUUGAACCAGAUCCCGAUUAAGCUAAACAAGCAGUAA